CGCUCUCCCCCCGCUCUCCCCGUGGUGAUUUUCCCCUCUUCCCCCCCCGGCUGAGGAGCGAUGCUGCGCGCUGGGUUAUGAUCCUUCCCUCUCUCCCUCCUCCUCCUCCUCCUCCUCCUCUUCUCCUCCUCCUCCUCCUCCCGCUCCCCUCUUUUAUCAUCCUGGCUGGCUGGGCGCUGCGCUGGCGAGUUGACUCCUUCCCUCCCCCCCGCCCCGCGGCCCCCCUCCCCCCGCCCGCGCCGUGAGCACCGGCGGCGCGGAGGCGAGAGCCCACUUGCGAGGCGGCAGAAGCAGCAUAAGGCAGCGCGGCGGCGGCAGCGGCAGCGGCGGCGGCGGCGGCAGCAGCAGCAGCAGCACCCGAGCGGCGGCGGCGGCGGCGGGAGCGGCGGCAGCGGGGACACGGAGCGGCGGGAGCGGCGAAAGCGGUUGAGCCCGGGGCAGGAGCGGAGCGCGGCGCGGCGGGGGACGGAGAGGAGGAACAAAUAAACAAUCAUAAUAAUAAUUAAUAAUAAUAACAACAAUAAUAAUAAUAAAGCGAGGAGAGGAGGAGGAGGAGGAAAAAAAAAAAAAACCAACCAAACAGCCAACCCCCCCACCCCCGAGCCAAAAAGAGGGAGAGAGAGAGAAAGAGAGCAGCGCCCGGGCGGAGCGGCGGAGAGGAAGAAUUAAAGCGAGCGAAGGAGGGAGGAGAGACAGAGCAGAGAGAGAGAGAGGAGGAAAGAGGAGGAAAAAAAAAAAGCCCACAAAAACAAAGCGAUCGCAGUUGAUGUUGCUGCUGCAAGCUGGACUUCCAAAAACUACGGCGAGACCGUCCGCUCUCCGCGCCGAGAAAAGUCUCCUCAGCUGUGCGUGUUUUUUUCCGCUGUGUGUGUAAUCUUUAACCUUUUAUUCAUUCUUAUUUUGAUGGCUUUCCUGAAUGGCUGACUGCGAGCUUCCCUGGACCUGGCCCCCAGACACCCGCCUCUCCUCCUUCAACUACUCUGCUGCAGAUCAGCUCUAAGAGAGAGAGAGGGAGAUCUUUGAAGAGAUUUUUUUUUUUCCUCCUCUCUCUCUCUCUCUCUCUCCCUCUCUCCCCCACCCCCACCACCCCUUUACUUUGCUCUCCUGGAGCCCAGACAAUCGACUCGCAACUCGCCCCCCCGCACACACACCUCCAUCGCCCCGUGCUUCAGCACCUUCGCCGGUACCGGGAGAUCCCCCCCACCCCGACCCUCCUGAAAAAAAAAAAAAAAGAAAAAAAAAAAAGAAAGAAAAGGCAAAACAACAAAAGAGAGAGGGGGGAAGAGAGAGAGAGAGGGGAGGGGGAAAAAAAAAAAGACUGCUGCAAAGCUGAUCUGAAAAGCAAAGCAAACAAACUUUGAAAAUAAAGGGGGAACAGGAAGUUUGGCAACGGUGUCCAAUAGAUAUGGCAAUGGUAGUCGGUGCGUGGCGAGACCCCCAGGACGAUGUGCCCGGAGCUCAGGGAACGCAGCCUUCGCAAGCCCCGCCGGUGCAGGGACCUCCGGCCGGGGCCCCGCACACCCCACAGACCCCGGGGCCCGGGGGCCCUCCCAGUACGCCAGCCCAGACCAACCAGCCAAGCCAGCAGAACCAAGGAGACAAACAGCAGCAGCAGCAGCACAUUGAAUGUGUGGUUUGUGGGGACAAGUCUAGUGGCAAACAUUAUGGCCAGUUUACCUGCGAGGGUUGCAAGAGUUUCUUCAAGCGGAGUGUAAGGAGGAAUCUCAGCUACACUUGUCGUGCCAACAGGAACUGUCCCAUUGACCAGCACCACCGCAAUCAGUGUCAGUACUGCCGCCUCAAAAAAUGCCUCAAAGUUGGCAUGAGACGGGAAGUUUCUUUUUUAUUUACUGCAGCGGUCCAGAGAGGCAGAAUGCCACCCACACAGCCAACUCAUGGUCAGUUCGCCUUGACAAACGGGGACCCUCUCAACUGCCAUUCCUACCUAUCCGGAUAUAUCUCCCUUCUUCUGAGAGCAGAGCCCUACCCCACCUCCCGCUUUGGCAGUCAGUGCAUGCAACCCAACAACAUCAUGGGCAUCGAGAACAUUUGUGAACUGGCAGCUAGGAUGCUCUUCAGCGCCGUGGAGUGGGCCAGGAAUAUCCCCUUCUUCCCAGACCUCCAGAUCACAGACCAGGUGGCCCUGCUGAGGCUGACCUGGAGCGAGUUGUUUGUCCUCAACGCUGCCCAGUGCUCCAUGCCCCUCCACGUAGCCCCGCUCCUGGCAGCCGCCGGCCUCCACGCUUCGCCAAUGUCUGCUGACCGAGUGGUCGCCUUUAUGGACCACAUACGAAUCUUCCAAGAGCAAGUAGAAAAACUGAAAGCAUUGCAUGUCGACUCUGCAGAAUAUAGCUGUUUAAAGGCCAUAGUCCUCUUCACCUCAGAUGCCUGUGGUCUCUCUGAUGUAGCCCAUGUUGAAAGUUUACAGGAGAAGUCACAGUGUGCUUUGGAAGAGUAUGUUAGGAGCCAGUAUCCCAACCAGCCAACACGAUUCGGGAAGCUAUUACUACGUCUCCCCUCCCUUCGCACUGUCUCCUCUUCUGUCAUAGAGCAAUUGUUUUUCGUCCGUUUGGUAGGUAAAACCCCCAUAGAAACCCUAAUCAGGGAUAUGUUACUGUCUGGCAGCAGUUUUAACUGGCCUUAUAUGUCCAUUCAAUAAGAUAUUGGAAAGAAAGAGAGAGAAAAAAAAAUAAAAUAAAAAUAAAAAAUUGAGAAGGGAGGUGAAAGAGAGUGAAAGGAAAGCAAAUGACAUUUGGGUUCUGGUUGUUUCUUAAAUUUCCUUCUGCUAAGAAAGGAUGUAAAAGGAUGUUACAAGUUUGCUAAGAGAAGACAGGAAAAAAUUAAUGGACUGUGAAUAAAAAAAAAGAGAGAGACUGUCAAAUGAACUUUUACAGAAUGCAUUAAAAACUCCCGUGUCGUUCAGAAAAAAAAAAAAAAAAUAAACAACAACUUGCUACUUAUCAUUUUUUUUUGUAAAAAAAUAGAAAAAAAAGAGAGAAAGAAAAAGGAAAGAAAGAAAAAAGAGAAAGAAGAAGAAAAGGAACGAUGGUUGGCUUUUUCUUUUUUCUUCUUUUUUUUUUCUGUUUUGGGGGUAAACUUUUUUAAAAAUCUCGCUUAAAGUGCAUUUAAAGGAAAUUUGAAGAAAAUUAGCAGAAUGGAAGAAAGUAAGUCUUUUUUUUUUCCAAAUUAUUAAUUGUCCUAUGUGUCUAUGUACCUAUAGCUGUUCUUUUUUGUAUUUUUCUGGUUUCAAACCAGUUUAUUCUGUGGUUCUGUAAUAAUUUUUGAUAUAACCUUGGCUUCUUAAAAAAAAUAAAAAACCCCUGUGUAUCCUUAAAAUAUAUGUUCUGAAAGAAUUAAAACUGAGUCCACGAAAGUAUCAUAGGAAGAAAGGAAAAGAGAAAAAACCCUCAACAACACAAUGAUGGAAGCGCACUUAAGGUGGUGACCCAAAAUCUAGCUUGAAGCUGAGAGAGCUAUAAUUAUAUAGACCCGGAUGAACCACACAUGUCAUAUAACUACCCCCAAAUCUAGUUUUUUUUGAUAUUUCGGACAGAAAAUGAACUGUGCGGAUUUAUUAUAGGUAGAAGGAGUUUGUGUCCAAGACACGCUUCAGUUUUGAUUUUAAAAAACAAACAAACAAGCGAAGUGAACUUUUGUAAUUUGAAUUGGGUUCCACAUAGUUCAUCAUGAAUUGUUAUUAAACUCCUUUAUCUGUUUGUAUAUUUGCAAGCCCUUUGUAUUAUAAUAAUUGUUGAUAUUUUCCCUUUUUAAAAAAUACCAUUGAAAUCAGCAUGACAAAAUAACACUGUUGGCACUUAUAGAUAACGUGAUUGAUUCAGUAUCUUAGAGUUUACAGUUUUGUGUUUAAAAAAACUGAAGGUUUUUUUUUUUAAGUGCAACAUUUCUGUAUACUGUAAAAGUUAUAAUAACUGAACUGUUUGGUCGAGUCUUUGUGUGUUAUAUUCCAAGGAAAAUUGAAAGUAUUCAGAAAUUAAAAUAUUAUUUGAUAUCUGAAACUUGUUUGGCUGUCAUAAAUGUCUUUCAGAAACCACAUUACUUCUCUAUAGUUUGCAGUCAUUUGAGUCCAUAGGCGAUUGAUUUGUUUACUUGUCACAGUAAGUUUGUAGCAGAUGUAUUGUAGUGUAUUUACCUGUUUAAUUCCGGGAUGGGGGUGGAGGACUUAAGUUCGUGGUUUAUCUCUGGUUUUAGGAAGCACUCUGCUGAAAUGGUAAACCAUCAAACCCCAUUCAUCUAAUCCUUCUGUUAAUUAAAAAUGGAUUUUCUGGGGAAAAAAAAAAUAAAAAAGAAAAGAAAAAAAAGGCCCUUAUUUUUGUCACACUUAAGUGCCUGCGUAGGAAAGGUAUUGUGGAAAAAAAAAAAAAAAAAAAAGUCUUAGAAAUCCGGCGAUCAGUAUCUAUUUUGUGAUCAGAAUUGGGCGAAAAAUCUUUUGUAAAUGUGUGACAUACGCGCACAAGAUCAUUCAAGCAAGGUAAUAGCAGUAUUGUAAAUAUAGGUCAGUUGUUUGCAAUGAGUUUUCUUUAAGUAUGUGUGAUUUUUUUAUAAUACUCCGUAGUUGCCAUCUAUCGUUGUCAUUGAGAGGUCUUCAAAUGGAGUGGCUUUAGCUUCUAGCACUGAGGAGUCGGGUUUUAAUGUAUAUAUAUACUCUCAAGUGGAUUUUUUUUUUUUUUUACCUUAGACUGUGAAAGCAUGACCACAGGUCACCUCUGUAUUUUACAUAUGGGAUGUAUGUCUGUAUGUGAACUUGCAUACAUACAUGCGGAGGCGCACACGCAGCUUUCCAGAGCAGACCAGGGCCCUCUCUUGUAGCCACCACUGAUGCGCUGGGGACCCGCCUGGGCCAGUGGCUCAGGACUGGACAUAACAUUUGUGAAUUUAGUGCUAUCCUGAGCAGGCAACAAAACCCCCAAAUCUGAAGGAAGGCAAGACGAUGUGGUUUUGCGAAGGGUUGAUAUUUUGUUUUGUGUGUGUGUGUGUCUUUUUUUUAUCUCUCCCCCCACCCACCCUCCCUUUGGUCUAUAGCAGAUGCUUUGUAUGUGAAAGCUUGCAAUUUUGUUCUUGUCUGAGGCUUCCCCCUCUCCCUUUUUACCACACGUAACUACACCAUGUUGUGGUUUCACAAAAAAAGAGAGAGAGGGAGGGAGAGAGAUCAUUCUGUAAAGUCGAUUAAACCCUGAUCUUUAGUGUGUUCCAGUUAGACACAUCUGUACUGGGGGCUGAGGGGAGUAUGACUGUGAAUUUGAGCAGUUUUACAUCUGAAUCACGGCUCCUUUUCUAUAAAUAUAUAAAUAUAUAAAAAUAUAUAUAUAUACUAUUAUUGCAGGGGAUUGCUGACCUCUAGAUUUAGCUUUUUCUAUUGCAAGUGCUAUCCAUGUGAGUGUGUGUGUGUGAAGUUUUUAUGCUUACUAAGAACACAGGAUCUUGACUUGUUUGUUUUGUGUUAGUUUAUUGUAAACAACCAUUUGUUGUAAAUUGUUAUUGGCAUUAAAUUAUAAUUUAUGAUUUUCAAAUCCAAAA